GGGAGAUAGAAGAGAGAUAUUCAAGACGGAGGAGAGGGAAUGUAGGCGGUCUGUCUCCCUGUCUCCCUGUCUCCUUCACCUCCCCCAGACCUCGUCCCUCGCUCCUCCAAGCACACAUCUGAGUCAGUAACGAAGCAUUUGUCACCACGGCCCCACCUUGUCUGUGCCUCGUGAACUGAAGGAUUAAACAAGGCGGGAUGGUGCUACUGAAGGCAAUGCUGGUAUUGGCAGGUCUCCACAUGAUGUCUGCAGCGGGAAGACUAAACGUGGACAUAGCGAGCCACCUGAAGCACCUCGGGACGCACAGAUACCCGAACGAGGCGCAGAAGGGGGCGAGGGAACAGGCGGCGGAGUACAUAGCCAAACAAUUUGAGGAGUGUGGGCUAAGGGUGGACCUGCAGUCUCUUAAAGGUUUCGCGGCCCCUAAACCAGGUGACCAGCUCAACUACAUCCCUUAUAAACAGGACAAGAGUCAAGUGCAGGGAACGAACAUCAUCGGCCUGUCAGGACCGGUGCGGGAUGAGGCUGGGGCGGUAGUGGUGGUGGGCGCGAACUACGACACAGAUGGCGUGGGCAGCCCUCUGUGGGACAACGGGGCGGGCGUGGCGGUGCUUCUGGAAACGGCGCGGUUAUACCAGGCUGCGGUGGUCACUCCUCGCCUCGCUACUCUCUUCGUGGCCUUUGAUCUAAGCACUGACAGAUACGGAGGCAAGGCCUCUAGUGACGGCAGCGAUGGUGGUGGCGGUGGUGGUGGUGGUCUGCCAGGCGCCUACAGUCUAGUGCAAGAUUACCUGAGGAGCUUCGUGAGCCAGAACACUUCCACGGUGGGCGGCGCCAUCGUGCUCGGGCCGCUCAUGAAUGUGAACCACGAGACUGGCUCACAAGGGUUCGACUCCCGACUGACGAAGCUCUUCCCUGACGCCCAAGAGGAGGUGGCGGCGAGGGAGUACCGGGGUGACUUCGUGGCCUUGGUGUCUGGAGGGAGUGAGGCGGGGCGCACACUGGCCAAGGGGGUGAUGGACAGCUACAGGGAGGUUGGAGGAAGACUAGUUGAAUUCAGGCUGGGUAACCACUCCCACACACUCCUGCCCCCUUCCCUCCACGCAAGAGAGGCCGCUUACUUCUGGCAGUCUACCUUCAAGGGCCUCAAGUCACCCCUGCCAGCCAUUCUCCUCACCGACACGGAGACGAACCGGGCGUGGCCAAGGGACGCCGCGACGCGCACUCAACUGACGGAAGCACAGAGGGAGUUUCUUGACACCACCGUCGCUAGCCUCGUUCGCUUCCUCGUGCAGCGGCAACCCGUGGAGAGCGUGGAAGAGUGGCGUGAGGUGGGUCUGCUGACGGCACUGAUGGUCUCCUGUGGCGUCAACCUCCUCCUGCUGGUUCACCUACACCACCUGUGCUCAUCGCCCAACGCUGGCAGGAGACACGGGGACGCUCACAGCCCCUCAGAGACACUCAGCUUGCAGGACAUGAAGUGUACAGCAAGUGAUGAUAAGAGUUCAUUCACUGUUUUGUCAUAGAGUGAAAGAAAUGUGAUAUUAUCUAUGUAUAUAUAAGCAAGAUUUUUUUGUGCUCGUGAAAAAUAAAUUAAAAAAAGUGUUUAUGGAAAGAAAAGAGAAAAACAUACAUAUUUACUUAUUUAUUACAAG